AUGCGUUCAAAAGCCCUUCUCUUGAUGGGAUAUCUUUUCGUAGCGCGUCUAAAAUGCGCCGGUUUGAUGACGACCUGUUUCACGGAGAUGCGUUGGCAUCCAAAUUUGUUAUUGCAAGAGAGUUCAUGCAUGGGUGAGAGGUGUUGUUGGUUGGAGAUGUCCCGAAUACAGAUGUUAGUUGAAUACCUGAGGUACUUUGGAAGUGUGCAGUUAACGCUGCCACUGGUCACAUACAAGUUAACGAAUUCAAUAAAAUUGAAACAAAAGCGCGAAGAGGAAAAGAGGCGUAAACGAGGAGAGAAAUCUAAAAAGAAGAGUUGA